AUGGAUCAAGAGAAUGAAAGACAUGUUAGAAGAUUAUGGAGAACAUUCAGAACAGUUAAAGAAAUGGUAAGGGACAGAGGCUAUUUCAUUACACAAGAAGAAAUUGAAUUAUCACUAGAAGAUUUCAAAGCUAAGUAUUGUGAUGGGAUGGGUAGACCACAACGUAAAAUGAUGUCAUUCCAAGCUAAUCCAACGGAAGAAGCUAUCAGUAAAUUCCCGGAUAUGGGUUCCCUUUGGGUGGAAUUCUGUGAUGAACCAUCAGUUGGUGUGAAGACUAUGAAAAAUUUUGUUAUCCAUAUCCAAGAAAAAAAUUAUCAAACAGGUAUCUUUGUUUACCAAACUAGUGUUACUCCAAGUGCUAUGAAAUUGGUUCCAUCUAUACCUCCUGCAACUAUUGAAACAUUUAAUGAAGCUUCCCUUGUCGUCAAUAUUACACAUCAUGAAUUGGUCCCAAAACAUAUUAGACUAAGUUCAGAAGAAAAAAAAGAACUAUUAAAAAGAUACAGAUUAAAAGAAUCCCAAUUACCUAGAAUCCAAAGAGCUGAUCCUGUUGCAUUAUACCUUGGCUUAAAAAGAGGUGAAGUUGUAAAGAUUAUUAGAAAGAGUGAAACUUCUGGUCGUUAUGCCAGUUACAGAAUUUGUAUGUGA